AUAGGGAUUUAACAUGGAGGGACCACUUAGAGAUAUAAUAGUUGCAUUAGUUUUGUUUAAGUAUUGCAUGAUUACCUGGACACUAUAUACUCAGCGUGUGUGCCAAAUGUAUCCUGUUAUUCUAUACACUGAAGGCCAAAUGUAUCCUGUUAUUCUAUACACUGAAGGCCAAAUGUAUCCUGUUAUUUUAUACACUGAAGGCCAAAUGUAGAAAUUGUGUGUAUUUGGCCUUGUCCUUUGUUCUGUGCUAAUUUCCUGUUAUCCCUGAACCAUGCAUACUCAGCAAACGGACUGUGGUCAGUUAAUACCAUAAAAGGGAAAUACAUAGGAUUGUGAGCUAAGGAGCUGACUGCGCAGAUGCAAAAGCUAGAGGUUCAAGGAAAGGACAAGUGAGGAAGACUAUGCUCGACCACCAGAAGACCCCUGAAGACCACCAAGGGAUAGGACUGCGGCUGCGCAAGGACAUUUAAAUAUGUAAAUUGAUUUCCUGGAAAAAAUCAUGAAUAUGUGGAUGAGUUCUGGGAAAAGUAAUGAAUAUGUAUACUUGAGCUAGAUAAAAGCAGGCAGUAUUUGUGAUACGGUGCACAUGUUCGGAGGAGUGAUCCCCCAUGUGCCCGGCGCUGCAAUAAAGAAUACCUGCUGCUAGAUCGUGUCUGUCUUUGACUCAAUCUGGCGACCCAGAUGGGACCAUCUCUGCUCGGCUGCAAGACCCGCUGAGAACAGGACUCCCUUGGGUACCCCCGAGAUUUUCUCGGAGGGACUCCUCGCCUCACCCGGAUCAUUGCAGGAGCAGACAAGGACUCCAUCCGCUCUAAAACUGCACAGAAUUUUUCAGGACACCCUUUAGAAGAGAAGUGGAAAGGACCAUACCAAGUGCUGUUGACAACGUUCACCGCGGUGAAGAUUAAAGAGCAACCAGCUUGGAUCCAUUACUCAAAGAUAAAGAAAGCUCCAACAAAACCAUGGACUACUACCCUUGCUGGACCUACCAGAUUGCGAUUCUCCAGAUUAUAUUAAUUUCUGGGGGAACUGAAGCCCGGUGGGAUUUAAAUAUACACCUUUCUUUGACAGAAGGUAUCUCACGAGUUUUAAAUAAGACAAACUGCUGGAUAUGUACACACAUGCCAGAAUAUAGUGGGAAAAGAAUCUCAUUAAUAGGUAUUCCUAUACCAGGCAAUGAGUCAUGGAAAACAUUCUGGGAAAACACUUCUUGGCCUAACUGUACUUACAGAACUCAACCUUUAGAAAUUCAUAGCCCCUCAGUAAGAGAACCUUAUUGUAAAUGUGUGCAAAGGUGCAAUCCAGCCAAAGGAAUGGAUAAAGUUGGAGGGUGUGGGAAUACCAUUUAUGUAGGAAAUCACACCGGAUGCCAUGAGACCAACUACAUUGGAGCCUCCAUCUCUAUUAAUACUACACUUUGGCCAGUCCCAGAAGGAAAGGGAUGGUAUUGGUUAUGUAAUGAUACAGCAUGGAAGGUAUUACCUGAAAAUUGGGCGGGGACGUGUACUUUGGGAGCAGUGGUUCCAAAUAUAACCAUCCAUGAUUAUCUGUCAAAAGGUUGGCUCCAGACUCAUAUUCGGAGAAUUGAGCGAGGAAUAGAAAAUCCCUUAGUAAAACGGCAAACAGCGUUUCACUCCUUUGCUAGGUGGUUUCUCCCAUGGUUGGGGGUGAGUGAGCUUGAAAAAGCGAUAGUAAAUAUUUCAGCUGUAGUAGAAGAGAUUGAAAAUAGAACCGUAGAUGCAAUACAAGCACAACAGCUUGAAAUAAACAGUCUAGCACAAGUAGUGCAGCAGAAUAGGAUGGCAUUAGAUUUGCUAUUAGCAUCACGAGGAGGAGUAUGCACAAUUAUAAAUACGAGUUGUUGUAUGUAUAUAGAUCAGAGUGGCCGAAUUGCUACAGAUAUAAGUGAAAUAUGGGAACAAACAAAAAUACUACAUGAGGUAACUAAAGAUGAUACCACCUGGGGAUUCCAAGAAGUGUGGAAAAAACUCACCUCAUGGUUGCCUAAUUUACAGUGGCUAAAGCAGGCCUUCAUUGCUAUAAUAGUUAUUGUAAUCUUAGUAAUAUUAGUUUGUAUAUCAGUUAAGUGUGUCCUAUCCUGCGGCCAACGGACUACCGAGAGUUAUGAGGCCUGGAAGAAAAAUAAACUAAAACAUCAGGUAGAAACAGGAAGGUAUUUUAGCAGAACCUUGGAUAAUAAGGGGGUUGUGUAAUUGCAAAAGAAUUUGCAAUGUGCAUAGAAAAGGGGGGACUUGAUAUAGGGAUUUAACAUGGAGGGACCACUUAGAGAUAUAAUAGUUGCAUUAGUUUUGUUUAAGUAUUGCAUGAUUACCUGGACACUAUAUACUCAGCGUGUGUGCCAAAUGUAUCCUGUUAUUCUAUACACUGAAGGCCAAAUGUAUCCUGUUAUUCUAUACACUGAAGGCCAAAUGUAUCCUGUUAUUUUAUACACUGAAGGCCAAAUGUAGAAAUUGUGUGUAUUUGGCCUUGUCCUUUGUUCUGUGCUAAUUUCCUGUUAUCCCUGAACCAUGCAUACUCAGCAAACGGACUGUGGUCAGUUAAUACCAUAAAAGGGAAAUACAUAGGAUUGUGAGCUAAGGAGCUGACUGCGCAGAUGCAAAAGCUAGAGGUUCAAGGAAAGGACAAGUGAGGAAGACUAUGCUCGGCCACCAGAAGACCCCUGAAGACCACCAAGGGAUAGGACUGCGGCUGCGCAAGGACAUUUAAAUAUGUAAAUUGAUUUCCUGGAAAAAAUCAUGAAUAUGUGGAUGAGUUCUGGGAAAAGUAAUGAAUAUGUAUACUUGAGCUAGAUAAAAGCAGGCAGUAUUUGUGAUACGGUGCACAUGUUCGGAGGAGUGAUCCCCCAUGUGCCCGGCGCUGCAAUAAAGAAUACCUGCUGCUA